AAAACUCAAGCUCUGCAGUCGUAAAGCGCAAACACAACAACACGCUGGAGGAAAUGUAGUCCUAGUCGAAGAAAGGAGUUUUUCAGUAUUAUUAGAUUCACUUUCGAGAUUGUCAAAGACCCCUAGGAUAAUCUGUUAUAGCUACCGUAGUGAGAAUGUCAGCCCCAAAGCUGUUGAUUCUAUAUGGGAGCCAGACGGGCACUGCCCAGGACACGGCCGAGCGGAUCGGACGUCAGGCGCAAAGGAGGGGAUUGCAAGUGAAAGCGGAGGCUCUUGACAGUUACAAUGUGGCUAACCUCAUCUCUGAGUCACUGGUUGUAUUCGUGUGUUCCACCACUGGCCAAGGAGAUCCACCAGACAACAUGAAGAAUUUCUGGCGGUUCGUGUUUAGGAAGUCUCUCCCCGCUGGAUCUCUGUGUCGCCUAGACUGUGCCGUGCUGGGCUUGGGUGAUUCCUCCUAUCCCAAGUUCAACUUUGUGGCCAAGAAGCUUCACAAGCGCCUUAUGCAGCUGGGGGCCAGUGUGCUGCUGCCUGUGGGACUGGCAGAUGACCAGCACGACCUGGGCGCAGAUGGGGUGAUUGACCCCUGGCUCACGUCAUUCUGGGAGAGGGCACAAGCUCUAUACCCAACACCUGCAGGCCAGAGUCUUAUCAGUGUGGAUGAACCACUCCCUCCGAGGUUCGUUGUCAGAUUUCUGGAUGAUGUCACUGAGAAUAGGGCGGAUAGGCGAAGCGUGCUAGAGCCGCCGAUCUCGCCCUCUCAGACACACACCUUUCCAGGCAGGGUGGUAUCCAAUAAAAGGGUUACGCACGCCUCCCACUUCCAGGAUGUUCGACACAUUGAGUUUGACAUCACAGGCUCAGAUAUUGAGUUCACUGCUGGGGAUGUGGUGAUGAUGAGACCUUGUAACACCCCUGAGGACGUGGAGCAGUUCUGUCAGCUCCUGAGACUGGACCCUGAUCGCCAGUUCACCCUCAGCCCCACAAACUGCGACACAGGUUCGGUCCCAGCCCGCCUGGCCCAACCUUGCACGGUUCGGCAUCUGGUGGAGAGCUUCCUGGACAUAGCGGCAGUGCCUCGUCGCUCCUUCUUCGAGCUCCUCGCCACCUUUGCCACCAAUGAGCUGGAGCGGGAGAAGCUGUCUGAGUUUAACUCUGCCCAGGGCCAGGACGAGCUGCAUGCCUACUGCAACAGGCCGCGACGCACCGCCUUGGAGGUGUUGACCGACUUCCCCCACACGACAGCAGAGCUGAGUGUAGACUACCUACUGGACCUGUUCCCUGAGAUUCAGCCUCGCUCCUUCUCCAUUGCCUCCUCCCUGCUGGCACAUCCCAACAGGAUCCAGAUACUGCUAGCUGUGGUGCACUACAAAACCAAGAUGCACCUGCCACGCAAGGGCCUGUGUUCCUCCUGGCUAGCCUCACUGGACCCCACACAAGGGGAUGUUUAUGUGCCUUUGUGGGUGAAGAAGGGGAGUAUGAAGUUCCCUAAAGACCCCUACUCCCCUGUGAUCAUGGUUGGGCCUGGAACGGGAGUGGCUCCUUUCAGGUCUGCUCUGCAGGAGAGGAUAGCCCAGGGCAAGACUGCCAAUGUGCUGUAUUUUGGCUGCCGGUCCCAGUCUAAGGAUUUCUACUGCAGCUCAGAAUGGGAGGAGAUGGAGAAAGCAGGGCAGCUGACACUCUUCACAGCUUUCUCCAGGGACCAGGAAGACAAGAUUUAUGUGCAACAGCGUGUGCAGGAGCAAGCUGAGCUGCUAUGGGACCUGAUCGCCAAUAAGAACGGCUACUUUUACAUCGCAGGCAACGCCAAACAGAUGCCGACGGCAGUGUGUGACGCCCUGAAGGAGGGCUUUCAGAGCCAAGGGGGCGUGUCCUCUGCCGAGGCGGACGAGAUGCUGGUCGCCAUGGAGAGGGCAGGCCGAUUCCAGAGCGAGACCUGGUCCUGAUCACAUGGCUACAGAGUGGUGCUAUUCAAACGCAGCAAGCUUUGUCAGUAUACUGCUCCAAGUGCUUUCAUUUGACAAUCAGUGGUGACUUCACUGCAGAGGAAUUCAAAAUCAAAGAAAAUAGGUGUCAAAUAUUACUAGAUAUUAUACUACUGCACUACUACAAGCAACACUGCAUAGCGCUAUUAAAUGUUUCCAAAAUGUA